AAACACAGUCCAGAUUGUUUAGGGUCAGCAACAGCAGACGGGAAAACACACACACCCACAUACAGCAAUAAUAAUGUGUUCCCUGUCACUGCAGGUUUUUGCUUGCCUGUGCCUUUUGCUACCUUUGGCAGCCGGCAGUCCCAUCGACAACCGUGCAGGCGCGACCGAAGAAGAGAGCAGGUACGUGUUGGAAGACGAUAUUCAAGAGGAGGACUCCGUUGAUUUCAACACGCUGCUGGCGAGCAUGAAAGGAGAGUUUCUGAAGAGCCUGAAUCUAUCGGGAAGUCCACCCAUCGAUGCAGCGAAAGUGGAAGCACCCGAGUACAUGAUUGACCUCUACAACAGAUUCGCAAAUGAUAGGACCUCCAUGCCUUCCUCCAAUAUAGUCAGGAGCUUCAAGAACGAAGACACUUCAGUCUCCAACCAAACCAACGAUGUGAGGAUCCAUUCUCUCCUGUUCAACGUGUCUGUGCCUCGCCAUGAAGAAAUCACCAUGGCUGAACUACGGCUGUACACCUUGGUCGAUAGGGACAGGAGAAUAUAUGAAGGUGUGGACAGGAAAGUCACCAUCUACGAAGUGAGUGAAGGGGAGGUUGAGGGGGACACCGGCGAAGAGCAUCAAGGAAAAGUACAAUUGGCAAAAAGACAGAUUUAUGGCAGAGACAGUGGCUGGGAGACCUUUGAUGUGACGGAAGCUAUCUUGAGAUGGUCAAAGUCUGAGCAGACCACUCACAGACUUGAGGUGCACAUUGAAAACAUGGAAGAGGAAGAGCAUGAAGAUGGAGAUCUUGAUAUCGACAUGAAACCCGAGACCAAGCACGUGCCAUUACUAAUAGUGUUCUCUGAUGAUAGAAACAGCAUUAAGAAGGAGGCCAUCGAAGAACUGGAGCAGAUGAUUGACCACGAGCAAGACGUGGUGUUUCAGAGCUUGGAGAACGGGAAUCUUGGCGCCGACUUGAACGAGGAAGCCAUGUUGCAAAGACGGUCAAACAUGCUCUACGAUACCUCCUCGAGGAUCAGAAGGAAUGCCAGGGGGAAUUACUGCAAGAGGAGUCCCCUCUACGUGGAGUUUAAAGACAUCGGGUGGGAUUCCUGGAUCAUAGCCCCAACCGGAUACGAGGCUUACGAAUGCAAAGGCUCUUGCUACUAUCCAUUGACUGAGCAUGUCACACCAACUAAGCAUGCCAUUGUGCAGACUCUGGUGAAUAUUCGCAACCCUAAAAUGGCAGCUAAAGCCUCUUGUGUUCCCUCAAAAUUGGACCCCAUCUCAAUCCUCUAUCUAGAUGAUGCAGGUGUGGUCACGUACAAGUUCAAAUAUGAAGGUAUGGUGGUGGCAGAAUGUGGCUGCAGAUAGUCCAGAAGGGCAACCAGAAAAAUAACUCUAAUAUAUGUCAAUUUCAAAGUAUUUAAUGAAUAAGAUUGUAAAUGUGUACAUCUCGUGCUGCCUAUUUAAGAAGUUUAUUUAAGGAUGUACAGCUGGAUUUCUAGAUUUAUAAAGAGUGCUGUUGCUGGAAAAAAAAAAUGACUGUGUUUAUAAAGUCACAGAAGCUAGCUUCACUGAGAACAUGCUCCCGAUAACCUUACAUAGAAACAGGAAGAGUGUCGGAGCAUCAGUCAGUAAC